GGAUGAUCUGGGCCAUAUUUCCCAGUGGAGUUCCAUUGUGGCUGGGAGUCUGGCAGGCAUGGUUUCCACUAUUGUGACAUAUCCUACAGAUCUCAUCAAAACCCGGUUGAUUGUGCAGAACAUGCUGGAACCAUCUUACAGGGGACUCGUCCAUGCCUUUUCUACUAUUUAUCAACAGGAAGGAUUCCUGGCCCUUUAUCGAGGUGUGACCCUCACUAUUUUAGGUGCACUCCCGUUCUCUGCUGGCUCCCUUCUAGUUUACAUGAACCUGGAGAAAAUUUGGAAUGGACCCCGAGACCGGUUCUCUCUCCUACAGAACUUUGCCAAUGUCUGUCUGUCUGCUGCAGUAAGCCAGACCCUCUCCUUUCCCUUUGACACUGUGAAGAGAAAGAUGCAGAACCUUCUGGAUAAUGCAUACAUAGACCUUCAAGAAGCAGCUUUCAAAUAAAUGCAAACUCAACAUGGCUAAAUCCAAAAAAGG